AUGCCUCAAAUAGCUGCUGCGACAGCGCGUUGUCAGCUGGCAAAUCGCACCUGCCCAACAAGCCUGUCCAAGACAAUUCUCCAAAUCGUAAUCCCGACUCUGCCCGCCAUGGAGGCCCCUCUCCAUACAACGCCCUUGCUGAACGCCAUCAACGGUCUCCCAGGACCCAACGUCCUCCAAGAUCAUCCCCCCUUUCUUAGAGCCUGUCAUUCACCAUGGCGGUUUAUCCCUCAACAUAUUCUCGUCAUCCUGCGCGGAACUGUCCUUGCCUAUCUCUUCGCCGUCGGCCUCAUGAUCUGCCACUUCAAGAUUUUCGACGAAACAACAGACCACUCCAAAUGGGCGCUCUUUUUCCAUUUCGGCAUGAUGAGCUUUGGAUUCACCCUAUUCUAUCACCUGACAACAUUUUCCUGGACCUAUACGCAUCUCUACCAUCCCAACGCCAAUGAAACAGAAGGUGUCGUGGAAAGGGGCAUUAUUCGGGCCAUGUCUCUGCCCAAGAACAUGGGAAGCUUGCGCAAGCAAUUUUACUUUACCUUGUUUCACACGAUUACUUGCGUCUCUGGUUUUAUCAGUUGGGCCGUCUAUUGGCUCAUCACACGUCAGUAUAUCGUUGUUGCCGGGAGCGCAGCAGAUGAAUCUGUUCCAAACGGCUUACUUGGCACGCCAUUCAGCGACUUGUUUGGUGAAGGAUGGUUUCCUGUAUUUGUCAUCUCCAAUCUUUACGGUGCACCUUCCAUAACGAUGAUCAUUGAGACGAUGUUUUUCAACAGCAUCAAGAGGCCCUUUGCUGUCGGUCGCCAUGUUUUCGGCCUCAUGGCGUUCAACGUUCUAUAUCUGCUCUGGGGUCAAAUCGGCAAGGCCGUUUCUGGCUGCUAUCCCUACUUUUGGAUGGACGCAUCCAAGGUGGGCUCUCUAGAAGCCGUUACGGCCUACAGUAUUGGUUUCGUUUUGCUGGCGCCGAUAAUGUUUGUUGUGAUGCAAGGUUUUGUUGCUGCUCGAGAACGACUUACACGCAACAACAGCCCCGCGCGCACGAUUGUCCGUCAGGUGCUUGAUCGAUGA